UGUAUUGUCUGAAUUUAGAAGCAGAAAAUUACACUAAAAAGCGAGGAGGAAGCAGAGAUCAAACGGAAUUAAAAAAAACCGAAAUUACAUCAUCUAUAGUGUGUUUAAAAAGCGUAGAUAUUUUUGACUUCGUUGUCAAGGCUGAAGAAUAAAGACACAUUCGGCUUGCCAUAAAAAUAAACGUUGGACAACAAAAACUAUCGGUGGUCGGGGUGUGUAACCAGUGCCGGCUAAGAUAUGGGUUGGGUUAGUUUGGUAACCGAUUAAUUGUGAAAGGUUUUGGUGCAUCUGCAGCUAAUUGCUAAGCAGCUAGCAGAAGUUAGCAGCAUGGGUGAUGGCAGUGUUGUUCCAAGACUUGGCAACAUGAAGGCUCUGCUGGGAAUUGUUGCUGGAGCUGGAGCUUCUUACGGGCUGUACAAACUUAUCAGUGGGCAAGUUUUUAAGAAAAACAAGAAAAUUCCCCAAAGUGAAAGUCCCGGUGUGAAGAGCAGCCAGCAGGGGGGAGUUGAGCUGCGGCCGGGAAGCCUGCUAGCCAAAGUAUCCGGACUGGAUGUUGUCUGUGCCCGGCCAGAUGAUGCAGCAUCAGGAGAGAUCAUCCAUCAAUCCCCCAACAAACUGGAGUUGCAUCACUUGAAGAUGCUGCUGUCACGUCUGCAGACCAGUGAUGAUCCAUCUGAUCGGUCUCAGUUUCUUCUGACGCUGGGAAAUGCUGCUGCCUUCACUGUAAAUCAGAACCAAAUUCGGGAAUUAGAAGGGAUUCCUAUCAUAGCUGGCUUCCUUCCUGAUCCUGCUCCGGAGGUCAGAGUGCAAGCUCUGAAUGCUUUAAAUAAUCUUUGUAUGAAUAUCCAAAACCAGGAGCAAAUAAAGCUUUACGUGCCACAGGUGCUGGAACUGAUUGAAAUGUCAGCAGUGAACUCGGACCUUCAGCUGGGUGCUUUGCGGCUGCUGACGAACCUCUCAGUCACAGACAAACAUCAGCAUUUGCUGAAGGAAUCGGUCACUCUUCUAUUGUCUCUGCUGGUUGUCAGUAAUGAAGCAUUACAGGUUCAGACCUUGAAAGUUCUUGUGAAUUUGUCCUCUAAUCCAGAUAUGAUGGAUGACAUAGUUCAAGCUCAGGCUCCAGCUUCUGUUCUGCUGCUGUUCGAUGAACGCACAUCUCCUGCAGUGCUCCUGCGACUGCUAACGUUUGUAGGGAACUUGAAGGCCUGGAGGCCCUCUGCACAGGUGGCUGAUGAACUCAGACGAAAACAGGAUUGUCUUUUCCGUGUCAUGCUGGAUGAAUCCUCCCAGAUGCAUGGCAAACUUGUCCAGAUGCUUUCACACCCUGAUAGGGAGAUUCAGGUCCAAGUAGCUCGUACAUUGACCUAGACCUGCCUACCUUCUACCUGCCAAUCUUUGGUCUUUAAACUGAUCCUCUUUGACAUUAAACUUCUUGUGAAUUGCACUGUGGCCUCCUGGGGAAACGUAGCAGUACCAUUUAUCUCCACAGUGUUUCUUACAGCAGUACUCUUACAACCCAUUUUCUAGAACCUGACUUUGCUACGGAUUAAGUAAAAAUGAUGCCGCUGUUCAUUCAGUAUAUGUAUGCACACACAUUUUGAGAAGACCCACCUCUUGUUUUCACUGCUAGUGAGUUUUUGUAAGAAAUCCACUUUCCUUAAAGAUCAUGGAUCACUUCUUCAAAAUGUAAUUAUAAGUCUCUGAAGACUUGGUGAAAUUUUGAGAAAUUAAACCCAACUGCCAAAAGUAUUUUUGGAAGGAUUUUUAAGGAACUCCUUUUCCCAAAUAGCAGAAGCCUUGUUCUGUUCGGUGGGCAGAAGCAACAGAGCUGUUGACUUUUUGUUCUGCAAAUGUGAAAGAGAGGAGCUCAGUGAAUCGUGAAGACUUUAAAGUUCAGCCACUGCCUCAGCACCACAGAAGUGAAUUAUGUGGAGUGCUGGGUAGAUAGAAACCGGGAUGAACUUUGAGCCACGGCUGCCUGAAGUAGGUGCUUGUGAUCUUAAAAACUUGAGCAGGCACAUGUACUCUUAGCGGAGCCCCCAGGAAGGAGCUGGAAGAGGAUACCUGCACUGCCAUCGAUGUGAUGCAAGCUGAGAUGCAGCUUGGAACUGAUUGAGCUGGCCAUGAUUGUUUAUUAGAUGUUUAUGCAUAACAAUGGUUAUUUAUUCACAGCAGUGAUGAAUGUGAACUACGCGCCGUGUUGUCAUAUAUCUAUGCACUAAUGAGACAGAAAAUAAGAGAGCCAACUUUUGUGUAGCUGUUAAAUAUGAACUGGAGAGAAGACCAGUGAAAGUCCUUAGGUAUUUUGACAGUAUGGCACUAAUUGUAAGAUGUUUAUAACGGUGAGUCUGGAUGCACAGAUAUGCUGCACAUUUUUAUUGGACAUGUUUUUUGAACCUACACCUAAAAAUCUCUCAGGUAACUAUGGUUUACCAAACUAAAUGGCAGGAUGCUCUUUGAUUUAUGAUCUAGUAUAUAUUUAUGAACUAGUUAUUUAGUGUUUUUCCUGAUUAGAAAAUAUUUAUCUUUAAAUUGUUCAAUAAAUAUGAAUUAAGACCCA